UGGUGGGUGAGGUCAGGUUCCCUCAGUUAUAGGCAUAGACAUUUAACAGUGGUCCUGUUUAUGGGUUGUGAUACAGGUUUAAAGUACAUUGACAAUACAAUUUAAAUUCUUUGUCUUUUUGGAAAGUAUCAUAUAGGACAGAGAUUCUCAACCCUGUCCUCAGGAACCCCCUGCACAGCAUUUUUCUCUGUUGCGAAAUGUUAUGUGCGGCUCUGGGAACUUUAACGGACUUUGCAGCAAGAAUCUAACUCAUCAAUGGAAAAUGGGGAGCCGGCUUCUGCAUGGAGUUUUUAUUUCGUUAAUUUUGGUAACCAUUGUGUUCAGUGCUCAUAUCCUUUGGACAUGUGUUUUCUCUAAACCAGAUCACGGUGAAAUGUGGCUGGUGGAUGUUGUUCCAACAAAUCAAAUUUCUGUCAACUUACAUUUUCACGGUGAAAGGGAGCAGACUUUUCUCCCAACUAAUGACUCGCUGAUAAGUACAGUGGACUGGCAAUAUUUGACUGAAACUCUACAGUGGCCAUUACCACCUGAAACUCUGUCCUCCUUAAGUGACUCUACAGACCCGGCCAGAUGUUCCUUUUCUAUCACCAACAAUAGGUCACAAUACUUUGUUGGGGAUGUAGUCAUUGUCACCAUUACUGCCAGGAAUGCUAACAACAAACAAAAAGUCUACGGAGGGGACUUUUUUCAGGCCAAGCUGUAUGACCAAGAGCUGAAAGCAAGUGCUUAUGGGGAGGUGACGGACCAUGAUAACGGCACCUACACUGCCCGCCUGGUUUUGCUCUGGCCUGGAAAGUCCAGGGUCUCUGUUCGUCUGGUGCACCCCAGUGAGGCUGUUUUGGUCCUGACCAAGAACAGAGAGCAGGACCCAGAUAAAGUCUACUUUUCCGGCUACUUUGAGGAAGGAACUAAACGGGAAACGGUGAUCUGCAAUGCCCUGAAAAGUUCAAGAUUGGUAGGGGACGGCUCGCAGUGUUGCUGUGAGUACAAAGAUCAAGUCUCAGGGGAAUACUGGUACUGCAGACGGCCAUCUUCACUUUCCUGCAACACACUGGUCUACCACAGCAUGGGUGGUUACCAGGCAAAACUCUCUGAACUCGAAGCCUCUCUUCUUAAGAGGUCCACCAAUGUCGAAAUACAAAGUGACCAACCAGUGAUCCAUGCUCAGAAACAAGGCAAUGAUAAAAGAACACAAAAUUGGAAAAAAUGCCAGCCUGGUUUACAGACUCCGAUCCCAUCUGGAUUCUUCUUCCAGGAUGGUUGGACUUCCCUCGUGUGUGAUGCACGGCAGUUCACCACAGCAGAAACAGUGUCUACAUGUCUGAAAGACAAACAGAUCCUGAUGAUGGGAGACUCCACUCUUCGCCAGUGGUUUGAACAUUUGGAGAAAACUGUGCCGUCAUUGAAACGUCUCAACCUUCACACCUCAGAUAAAUCGGGCCCCUUCGAGUCAGUCGACCUCCAGUCCAACACCCGCAUCAUCUGGCGAACCCACGGUCUGCCUCUCCGCACCUCUAAGACUCCCUUGGCCGACUUGCACUACAUCGCCAGCGAGCUGGAGGGCUUGGCUGGAGGCAAACACUGUGUGGUCGUUUUCACUAUAUGGGCUCACUUCACCACAUAUCCGCUGGGCGUGUACUUGCACCGCCUCGCCAUUAUCCGCCGAGCUGUGUCGUCCCUGCUGAGGCGGGCGCCCGAUACUCUGGUGUUGAUCAAAUCUGCCAACACCGGCUAUAAAGAUGUAUACGGCAGUGACUGGCUCUCGUGGCAGCUUGAUAAGGCCCUGCGAGUUAUGUUCAGAGACGUCCCUGUUGUUCUCAUUGAUGUUUGGCAAAUGACUUCUUGUCAUUAUUCCCCUGACAACAUCCACCCUCCUCCUGUCGUUGUUAAGAAUGAGGUCGACCUCUUCCUGUCAUUUGUGUGUUCAUAGUGAAAGGCAAAAUAAAGUAGAAAGAACUUCAUGACAGAAGUGUGUCCACAAACAUCUUUCAGGAUGUAGG